UGCCGUCCGUGUCCUCCGUGCCGUCGCGGGCCCGGGAGAGCUCUGAGCUGCCGCUGCCCGCCGGCUGGGAGGAGGCGCGCGACUACGACGGCCGCAUCUUCUACAUCGACCACAACACUCGCCAGACGUCGUGGAUCGACCCCCGCGAUCGGAUAACAAAGCCAUUGACCUUUGCCGAUUGUGUUGGGGACGAACUUCCUUUAGGAUGGGAAACUGUAUACGAUAAACAAAUCGGAAUUUAUUACAUGGACCACAUAAAUAAGCUUACCCAGAUUGAGGAUCCCAGAGAACAGUGGAGGCGAGAGCAGGAACGGAUGUUGAAGGAAUAUUUAAUUGUAGCCCAGGAGGCUCUAAAUGCCAAGAAAGAAAUCUACCAGAUUAAGCAGCAGCGGUUCGAGCUGGCUCAGGAGGAAUACCAGCAGCUGCACAAAAUGUGUGAGGACGACAGUCGCUCGUAUGCCAGCUCCUACUCUGGAUAUUCAACAAAUACCAAAUAUGACCCACACCAAAUUAAAGCGGAAAUAGCGAGUCGCCGGGAUAGGCUUUCUAGAUUGAAACGAGAGCUGACCCAGAUGAAGCAAGAACUGCAGUACAAAGAAAAGGGGGUGGAGACCCUGCAAGAGAUCGAUCGUAAGAUGUCAAAUGCGCACACCAGCUACAAACUGGAUGAGGCACAGGCUAUAAUGAACGAGCUUCGGACCAUCAAGAAGGCCAUUUGCACAGGCGAGAAGGAGAGGCGGGACCUGAUGCAAAGCCUGGCCAAGCUCACCGACGGCUUCAAGAACAGCUUUUCUCUUACCGAACCCCUGCAAGAGUUCCCUCACAAUGCAGGCGCGCAUGGCAAUUCUUCACCUCAGCAGUGCUGCGACGCUGGGUCUCAGACCGACAUCAUCGGAGAGUUUGUCUUUGACGAUAAAACAAGACUUGUAGACCGAGUCAGGCUUAAUUGGCAGUAUGAAGAAGCCAAAAAGAGAGUCUCCAAUAUCCAGCAGCAGCUGGCCCUGCUUGACAAUGAGGCAUGGCCGGGCAUGGCCGAGGCCGACAAGGACCGGCUGCAGCUCAUCAAGGAGAAGGAGGCCCUGCUUCAAGAGCUGCAGCUCAUUAUCCAGCAGAAAAGACCCGCAGAAGAUGUGGCCCGGCUGGAGGAGGAGAGGAGGCGCUUGGAGGAGGAGAACCAGCGAGCCCGGGCCACGUCUGUGCAGGGCGCCACGGAAAGGAUUCUACUUCAGGAAAAGAGAAAUUGUCUACUUUUGCAGCUGGAAGAAGCUACUCGUUUAGCAUCCUAUCUCCAGUCCCAGUUAAAAAGCCUGUCUGCCAGCACCCUGACGGUAUCCUCGGGGAGCAGCCGCGGGUCCCUAGCCUCCAGCCGGGGCUCGCUCACCUCCAGCCGGGGUUCCUUGAGCUCUGUCAGCUUCACUGACAUCUAUGGCCUGCCACAGUAUGACAAACCUGACAUCGAGUGCAGCCAGCUUCUGCGCUUUGAUCUGAUUCCCUUCGACUCGCUGGCGCGAGAUGUCCCCUUCUCAGAGCCCCCAGUCCCCUCGGGCUUCCACAAGCAGAGGCGCUCCCUGGAUACACCCCAGUCCCUGGCAUCCCUGUCCUCCCGCUCCUCCCUGUCCUCCCUGUCUCCUCCAAGCUCACCCUUGGACACACCCUUCCUCCCUCCCUCGCGUGAGUCGCCCUUGGCCCCACUGGGGGACAGUUUGGAGGUGCCAGGCCUGGGCACCUUAGACAGAUUGCGGGCCCAGGCCUCCGCUCUGGGUGAUGAAGACUUGCCGGGCACGGUGUCCUUUCAACCGCACGCAUUUCCUGGAGAUGGGGAAGGACCUCGUGAAAGAGGAACCCAAGUGGCUACCGUUCCCAUGGGCACAGCAGUGACUCUUCGAGAAGACAGUGCCAAGAAGCUGGAGAGGAGAGCGCGCCGUGUCUCUAAAUGCCUGUCGGAUUAUUCGCUGGCGAGCGAUAGCGGGGUGUUUGAACCUUCAACCAAAAGGACUGAAGAUGCUGACGAGGCUGCACAUGGAGACACUUGUGCUGUGGAAGGGCCCCAGAUCCACGUCGGGUUUUGGCAUGACAGUACCAGCGAAUGUCUCCUCGUGAAUGUGCUCCAACUGAAGAACUUGGCCGGGAUGAUCGUGAAGGAAGACUGUAAAAUACACAUCCGAGUGUAUUUGCCGCCGCUGGACUCCAGCACACCAGACACUUACUGCUCCAAGGCUGUGGAAUUCCAGGCCCCCCUGGUAUUUAAUGACGUUUUCAGAAUCCCUGUGCAUUCAAGCAUGUUGACAUUGAAGUCCCUUCAGUUAUAUGUGUGUUCAGUGAACCCGCAGCUGCAGGAAGAACUGCUGGGCAUUGCUCAAAUUAACUUGGCCAGCUGUGACGGGCUGAGUGAAAUGCAGCUGCGCUGGUACUCAGUCCAGGUGUUCACCAGCCCCGAGCUGCCCAGGGCAAGGGAGAGGGAACGGGCCAGGGAAAGCGGUGCCCGGGACCCUCCACAUACCACUGCCACCGCUGUGGUCACUGCCGCUGCCGCCGCCUCCACUGCCGUCGCCUCCGCUGCCGUCGCCUCCGCUGCCGUCGCCUCCGCUGCCACCACCUCUGCUGCUGCUGCUGUUGCCUCCAGGAAGACGGACGCCGUGACAGUGCUGCUGGCUAGAACGACAGCCCAGCUGCAGGCAGUGGAAAGAGAGCUGGCCGAGGAGCGGGUGAAGCUGGAGUACACGGAGGAGGAGAUCCUGGAGAUGGAGCGGAAGGAGGAGCAGGCCGAGGCUGUGUCUGAGCGGAGUUGGCAGGCUGACUCAGUGGACAGUGGCUGCAGCAGCUGCGCCCAGACCAGCCCCCCGCACCCAGAGCCCUCUGGCGUUGGUGUCAACUCCAUCCAUGGACACCCGUUUGCUGGCCAGGCAGUUCCUUACAGCCGUGCGAAACUUCAGCCCCUACCCGUAAAGCCCCUGGCAACCACCAGUUCGCUUUCUGUUUCUAUGGAUAUGCCAAUUGUGGACGGUUCGUGUAAAUGGAAUCAUACAGUGGAUAAGGAAACCAACACAGAAGACCUCUUCCCAGAAGUAGCGAGUUAUCCGAAGGAGCGGCCGGGCCGCAGGGCCCGCGGUUCGCCUUUCGUCCGCAGCGGCACCAUUGUCCGUUCACAGACGUUCUCGCCUGGGGCACGCAGCCAGUAUGUUUGCAGACUUUAUCGUAGUGACAGUGACAGUUCAACACUGCCCCGGAAGUCCUCCUUUGUCCGAAAUACUUUGGAAAGACGAACACUUCGCUAUAAGCAGUCCUGUAGGUCAUCCAUGGCCGAGCUCAUGGCCCGUACCUCCCUGGACCUGGAGCUGGACCUCCAGGCUUCGAGAACCCGGCAGAGGCAGCUGAAUGAGGAGAUCUGCACCCUUCGCGAGCUGAGGCAGCGGUUAGAGGACGCCCAGCUGCGAGGCCAGACUGACCUCCCGCACUGGGUGCUGCGGGAUGAACGAUUCCGGAGUCUGCUGAAGGAAGCAGAGAGGCAGACCAGACAGACCAAACUUGACUUCCAUCAAGAACAGGCAGCUGAGAAGAUGCUGAAGAAGGCCUCCAAGGGGGUCUGCCAGCUGCGUGGGCAGAGCCACAAAGAGCCCAUCCAAGUGCAGACCUUCAGGGAGAAGAUAGCAUUUUUUACCAGACCAAGGAUUAACAUACCUCCUCUGCCCGCCGACGAUGUUUGAUGUAGUGCUUUGUACACAUGAAGUAUUUAUCUGCCUGUUUUAUUUUCAUGAAGUUUUUAGACUAGCUCAAUUCGUCUUUAAAAUAUUUGUGCAAAGCUAUUAAUAUACACAUUUUGUAAAAAAAAAAAAAAACCCAAACACAUAUAUCUAUACAUAUAUAUUUUAUAAUAGUGACGGCAACAGGGCUUGGUUUUUCCUUGUUGUGAAAUUGACAUCUCUGAAGACAAGUUAUUUUAUAAGAGAUCAACUAUCACAUUAAGAGUGUACAGUUUUUACACUGUUUUAUUUGACUUAAAGGCUGGAAGACAGAAACGAAGUGAGUUCAGGCAAAUUCACUGUAUUGUAAUUUAUUUAUAGUACUUUUUUCCUUGAAGGAAAAUACUGACUUUAAGAUGUAUUUUUAAGACUGAAAUUUUGUUCUUCAGUAUUUGUCACGCAGUAGAAUGGAACUUUGGGGCCGGUUUUGUUUCUGACACGGAAAUGCAAACACUAUGUGCUAAAUUCGUCAUUCAUAUCAGUUCCUCAUAUGUGCCUUUAUCAUGUAUAUUGUCCACUUUCACUGUGUUCUGUUAAGACCACCCCCGCCCCCGGCAGUGGCUCAGUCGUAGUUCACACGUAUGAACAUCAGAGAGCUCAGUCUCCCACGUGGACUGCGCACCGAGCGGCCCUCAUUUCUGUGUUGUCACAGCACGCAUCAUUCUGUGCUCCCCACCAGCCUGAAGCAGGCCACAGAGCCCCCGGCGUUCUGGCUGUGGCCUGCCUGCCCACGCUGGCAGUCUACACUGCCCCUGCACCAGACCUUGGGCAGCCCCGCCUUUCCAGUGCGUGCCAUCUGACCAUGGCUGACCAGGAAGGUGGGUGCUGGGGCUCCAGUUCUACUGCUCUGUCAUGAAGGAAAGUGAAAGGGAACUAGGAACGCGCACUUUCAUGAGUCAGUGAAUCCGCUGAUGGAGACAGCGGUUAUGAUGUAGACAUGACGACCUCUGAAGGCGCCUUUUUUAUGGAAGGAAACAUAUGCGGGUAACUACAGUUACCCAGGGAGUCACUUACAGGAGAGGAUUUGAUUUAUUUGAUUUAUUUGAUUUAUUUGAUUUAUUUGAUUUUAAUCACAAUGCUCCCCCCACCCCCUAAUACUGAAGUCUAUCCAUCUUUCCUAAGAAAUCGUAGAAGUAGUUCAUGAGGAAAAAUUUUUUUAUGUAAUGAAAAUUUUUACCAUUAUUCUUUUAAAAUACCAAAUGAUAUAUUUUGCCUAAUACAUAUUUAUUAUAUAUGAAAUGCACUCUCCUUUAUGAGGCCUCAGAGAAGUAAAUGAGGUGGUCACACAAAAUCAGAAAGAAAACAGAACUUUCUCUUGCUAGAUUUUUCUGCUCCUCCCUUGGGAAAUGCCCCCUUUAAUCAACGUCUCUUGAUUCGCAUUAGUCUGUAGCCUCCCCCCCCCCCUUCAUUUUCCUUCUUUUUUACAUUUAUUAAAAAUGAAUUUUGUAAAAGCAUUUCAUUGACACGCGACCAAUCACGGGCAAUGGAAUUUGUCGGUGGUGGUAAGACUGAAAAUUGUGUGCUUUUUCACAAUCGUCAUCUCUUGCUCUGUAUUUCUGCCUCUAGUCUCGUGGUUUUUUGGGUUUCGUUUUGUUUUUUGAUUUUUUUUGCCUAAUUUCUCUGUGUACAUACCCACAACAGAGGUAGAGACACACAAAACAUCACUCCUUGCCAGAACCGCCCCGCAGCAGACAGCACUGCCGAGCAGGUGACAGCAAUGGCGGGCCCCCUCUAUGCCGUAGCCACCUUCCCAUUCACUGCCUGCACCUGCCUGCGUGCGUGUGUCUGCUGUGUCGCCUGCCGGAAAGGGCACAUGACCAGUGACAGGCUGGGCCCAUUAGGCAGGAGGACUCGGAGUACCUGACUGGCUUCUCAUUCCUGACUUGGUUUUGCAGCUUCUGGCUAGUUAAGACUGGCAUCCCCCGGAAAUGUUCCACAUGUCAGAAAAGAAGUCCUCUUGUCUUAUGGAGUGUUUUCAUCUGUUGCAAUUUGUCUGUAUACCAUGCCUUGUGAUAAAAGAACAUUGCCAUGUUUCAUCAGUACUUGCGGUCCAGAGACGCCCAAGUCUGCCACCAGGACUCUUUAGAAAGACGGGGAAAAGGGAAUUCGAUCGUCACUUCAUCUGAUCGCUGAAUCGUCACCGCUGAAAUAACUAACCUUCUGUUGUGGGAAUAAGUUCUGAUUAGUAUUCAUCUCUGUUUUGGUCACUGUUCUAAUUAUGUCAUUCGCAUUGUUUGAAAUUAUUUCUUCUAUAAAAUUAAACUAACCUGCCUUAAGAACUGAA